CUCUCUAGCUUACGUCAGUAUCGGUCAUGGCCUCAAAAUACACCUCCAAGUUGCUCAACCACCACGUGCUCAUCCUGGGCGGAACAUCAGGCAUUGGCUUUGCUGUCGCCGAAGCAUGCAUCGAGAACGGCGCCUCUGUCUUCCUUAGCGGUAGCACUGCCAGCAAACUAUCUAACGCCAUCCAGCGUCUGCGUACCAGCUAUCCCGAGCAGAAACAAGAUGAAGAACAACAGCAGCAACGCAUCGACGGCUACGUGUGUGACCUCUCGACUGCUGACGCGCUCGAGACCAAUGUCACGGCCCUUCUGGACGCUGCCACCGACGACGGCACGCGCAAGCUGAAUCACGUCGUCUUCACGGCCGGCGACCGGCUGUCCCUGGCGAACAUACGCGACACGACUGUGGCCGCCGUGCAAGCUGCCGGCGCGGUACGUUUCCUAGGCCCGCUGGUGAUUGCCAAGCUGGCCCCGGCAUACAUGGUCUCGGGGCCUGGCAGCAGCAUCACCUUCACCGGUGGCGUGAACACCGAACAACCGGCGGCGGGGUGGGCAAUCCCCGCAGCGUACGGCUCUGCGCUCGAUGGAAUGGUGCGCGCCCUUGUGGUCGAUCUGAAGCCUCUGCGGGUGAACAUAGUGGCGCCGGGCGCGGUGAAGACGGAGUCUUGGGAGUCGUUGCUGCCGGAAAGCGAGUUGCAGAGCGCCUUUGACAAGGCUGCGGAAAAGACGACGGUGGGCUGCAUGGGUAGACCGGAGGACGUUGCUGAGGCGUACAUCUAUCUGAUGAAGGAUCGCUUUGCUACGGGUAGCAAGGUUAGUACGGAUGGUGGGAGACUGUUGGCUUAGGUAGGCAAAAUCCUGUCUCGCUUCACUGUGUUGUUACCCGGGGAAUGUUCGUGAGCGCGCGCUACAUAAAUCUGCCGCAUGGGGGCCAAAAUUGUGUACCAGUUUAUAAGCAAAUUCUUUGCCCGUUUCUCCA